UCUUUGUGAGAAAGAUAAAAUUGAUCGAAAUAUUCGCUCAUGGAUUGGGCGGUCAUCUGCUUAUUGGCUCUUUAUGCCUUUCGAAUAGUCUUCGGAAAUAUCCCACCAGGCCACGUUUGCAAACCAUGUAAAGCACGUCCAGAAACUAAAAAAAAAUUUGGUGCGGCCGAAGAGAAGAUAGAACAAGAUUAUUUUAAAGAAGUUGACGCUUUGAAAUCAAAAGGAUCAGAGUCUAAGGAUAUAAAAGUGCUACGAAACAAUUGUCUGAUAGAUGCUGAUUGGGGUGGCGGAAACAGGAUGGAAAUCUCUGAUAACGUGUCGGACCAAUGCGACAAGUGCUAUAAUAAAGGCGACAAAGAUAAUAAUAUUCAGCUUGCGAACACCUGCUGUGAUAAAGCUAUUGAUAAAUUCUUGAAAUUAGAAGCUCCAAACGUUAAAAACGCUAUGGAUUGCGUUCGAAAAUGCCUUAAGAAGGAAAAUCAAUCUGAUGAUUUCUGCAAGAAGAUGCUAACGCCAAUGAAGGAAUCUGUUGUGAAGAACCGUUAAAUGAAAUCAUUAAAACAGCUCAAAAACGUGCUAAGUUAGCCCAAAUAACGUUCCUUAAACAUAAAAUGUCCCAAUGACGCUUCAAGGACGUAUUUCGAACAUGAAACGUUUUAAGAAAAUUAGAGUGAAACUCUGAUAUAGUGCCACCUGAUAUAGUUCUUCCGAGAAUUGAAGCUGCGUCACAAGUAGAAAUAAACGAAGCUGCGCGGAUGUGGGUGGUCACUCAGGCGUGGCGAAACAAAAGCCGAACGGAACUCUCUCGGGGUUGUUCCCCACCACCGCCAGCCCCAAAAAGGGCACAGUAUCAGAGUUUUUAAUUUUCGUGAACACUGGGAUAGGAAUUUUGGGCUAGGUUUAGUGAAAGUUUUUAAAUAAUUCUUGUUAUUGUUAUGUGUUCCACCCUUAAUAGUUAAUCUUAUUAUAAUACGUGUGUGUAAAAAUUUAUUCCAAAUAAACGCAAAAUUAAAAGU